AUGGUGGGCGGCCGAGUAGGGAUGGAGGAUUUGGUGAGAUGCGGACUCUCCGUCCAGGAAUCCACAAAUUUCGAGAGGGAGCUGAAGGAGAUACUCGCCAAUCCCGGCGGUGCAGAGCAGGUAUGGCGCCACAUCGUGGCUCGCAAGCUCCUGAAGCCACAACACCCCCAUGCACUCCAUCAGCUCGUCUACUACUCCGUCUACCGUGACCGAGAUGACGCCAUCCAUGGCCCUCCUCUCUACUGGUUCCCCUCUCUGCAUCAGGCUAUACAUACAAAUUUGGGGCGUAUCAUGGAAUCUCAUGGUCCAAGGCUAUUAGGGGCUUCCUACAAGGACCCAAUCACGAGUUUCAAACAAUUUCAGCAGUUCUCUGUGCAGCAUCCUGAGAUGUAUUGGCCGCUUGUAUUAAAGGAGCUCUCCGUUCAAUUUUCCUUGCCGCCAAAGUGUAUUUUAGACACCUCUGAUAAAUCCAAACCUCACGGAACCUGGCUGCCUGGUGCAAUUUUGAAUAUUGCUGACUGUUGUAUUCAGCCAAACAGUUAUUUGAAGAAGCACGAUGAUAGCUUAGCCAUUGUGUGGAGAGACGAAGGCUGCGAUGAUCUUAAUGUCAAAAGCAUGACAUUGAAGGAACUCCGGGAACAAGUAAUGGUGGUAGCAACUGCACUGAGCUUGAAAUUCAACAAAGGAGAUGCAAUCGCCAUUGACAUGCAGAUGACUGUUACUGCAGUUAUAAUAUACUUGGCAAUCGUAGUUGCAGGACUUGUUGUUGUAUCAAUUGCUGACAGCUUUGCACCAAAGGAAAUUGCUACUCGUCUGCGUAUAUCAAAAGCGAAGGCAAUUUUUACGCAGGAUUUUCUUGUGCGGGGAGGGAGGAGAUUUCCUUUGUACAGUAAAGUAGUCGAAAGUGAUCCAGAGAUUGUUAUAGUUAUCCCCGCAACUGGAAAAGAUGUAGCUAUUAGCUUAAGGAACCAAGAUAUAUCAUGGGGAAGUUUUCUGUCCUCUGCACCUCAGCUAACAAGCUCAAAUUUCUUUUCACCAGUUUACCAACCCAUAGAGUCUGUUACCAAUAUCCUAUUUUCAUCGGGUACCACAGGAGAGCCAAAAGCUAUACCAUGGACUCAACUUUCUCCAAUUCGUUGUACUGCUGAUUCAUGGACGCAUCUCAAUGUUCAAUCUGAAGAUGUUGUCUGCUGGCCAACAAACUUAGGAUGGGUUAUGGGCCCAAUUACACUCUACACAUGUUUCCUAACUGGCGCAACACUAGCACUCUACCACGGGUCUCCUCUCGACCAUGGGUUUGGAAAAUUUGUCCAGGAUGCAGGUGUAACAAUGUUAGGGACUGUACCUAGCUUGGUGAGGACCUGGAAGACAACAAAUUGCAUGGAAGGCUUAGAUUGGACAAAGAUAAAGACAUUUUCUACAACUGGAGAAACAUCCAAUGUCGAUGAUGACCUAUGGCUAUCAUCAAGGGCAUAUUACAAGCCAAUUAUCGAGUGCUGUGGAGGAACAGAACUUUCAUCCUCUUACAUUCAAGGAAAUCUUCUGCAACCCCAGUCCUUUGGAGCAUUUAGCUCUGCCUCAAUGGGAACCGGAUUAGUCAUUCUUGACGAAAAUGGGAACCCUUAUCCGGAUGAUCAACCUUGUGUGGGCGAAGUAGGCUUAUUUCCCAGGUACAUGGGUGCAACCGACAGGUUGCUGAAUGCUGACCACGAGGAGGUUUACUUCAAGGGUAUGCCACUGUACAAGGGAAUGCAACUUAGGAGACACGGAGACAUGUUGAAGAGAACAAUUGGGGGGUAUUUGAUGGUGCAGGGCAGAGUCGAUGACACUAUGAACCUCGGAGGCAUUAAGACGAGUUCAGUGGAGAUCGAGGCCGUGUGCAACCUUGCGGAUGAAAGCAUCAUGGAAACAGCUGCAGUAAGCGUGGCGCCCCCAGAAGGAGGGCCGGAACAGCUGGCCAUCUUUGUGGUGUUGAAGAAGGGGCUCAAUGCGGAAACAGAUGUCCUGAAGACGAAGUUUUCGAGAGCCAUUCAGACAAACCUGAAUCCUCUGUUCAAGGUGAGGUUUGUAAGGACAGUUUCAGAGCUCCCUCGGACAAUGUCGAAUAAGUUGCUCCGGAGGGUGCUUAGGGAUCAGUUCAGGAAGGAACUUCAGAAAUUGCAUAGCAAGAUCUGAUCUGAUCUGAUAUGGCUGAUUUAUUUGCCAUAUUUGGAUUGCAAUAACAAUCGAUCAGAAUUUGCUACUGCUGUGAAUUAGGAUCAUUCCUAUGUAUCUUAACUUAUACCCAAGCCUACUUCCAAUAUCUAUCAACCUAUAUUUAGACUUUUUUUUA